UUUAUUUUUUUAUAUUUGCCAGUUGGAGAUUUUUUUGUUGGACCAACUUAAUUCUCAAAACCACCUUUCCCGAAGAUAUCUUGUCCGAUCAGAUUUCAUUUACACUAGGCUUUCUUUUUCUUAUUUUUAUUGCCUGUAAUUGAAUGUCUUUCUUCUCUUUUUUAUUUUUUCGAUUAAUCUUAUAGUUAAACAAAAUUGUUUUCUUAAGCAUUUUUUAUUUUUUACCAGUCGAACAUCUUUAUAAGACACACAAUAUAAGACGCCUCAAUUUAAGAUACGUUUUCUAACUCUGAUUGCCCACUGGUUAGGAGGAGCUGUGAGAGUGCCUAAAGGAAAGCUGUCUAAAAGUAAUCUCCGAUUUAAAAUACACCUAUCAGUAUAAAAUAAACCUCAUUAUAAGCUACCCUCAAAAUAAGAUACCAGUGCUGUGCAAACUUUUCGCCUGGCAAAUUUAAAAUUUUUAAAAACGCCAAAAGACAGAACGCCAAAAAAGGCAACUCAAUUUAGGGCAAUUUUUUUUGAAUUCGAUUGUCCAUACGUUAGGAGGAGAGGUCUAAGAAAAACCUCCAAUUUAAAUACACCUCAUUAUAAGAGACAAUUUCUUUACCAAAAAGGAAGCAAGCAAGGUUUUUUAGGUUGACAUUGAUAUAUUAAAAAUAAAUAAAUUUUGGUUAAAGUACAAGCUAAUUUUCCCCCUUCCUGUUUUUUUUCUUAGUAACAUGCAAGGCAUUUAUAUUUUUCAAAGAAAAAGUUUAAGGAAAAAACACGCAAACAUCCGGUUAACUUUCUUUGUAUAAUUAAAAAUCAAAUAAUUUGAGUCAUAGGAACUUUCCAAUAAAAAGGACGGAGAAGUAUGAAAGGGGAAGUAGAGGAACUGGGGAGGACUCAGAACCGGGAGCGUCCAUCAUUCCCUCAUAUGUCGCUCAUAUCCAAAAAGGCUCAGAAGCUGACUUUACAACCACGAAUCAAGGCAUGGGUUCCUCACGUUCUUCCAAUAUCGGACUUCACUAUAAGAUACACCCAAUAAUAAAUACAACUAUUUAAGAGACGUUUUUUUAAAAGUUGGUUGGAUAUUAGGUUGGGGAUUUUCUAACCAAUACCUUGCUAUCUAAGGUCCUCAUUAGUGAGUCCAAAAGUACGUUUUUAGCCCCCAAUCAAAACCCUAUUUAAAAUACGCUUAUUAUAUGAUACGGGUUUUCGUCCUCUAAUGUAUACCUCUCUAUUUAAGGUAUCUCAUUAUAAGGUCAUUUUUCGACCUCAAGGUGUAUCUUUUAAUGAGUCCAAAAGUUUUAUUAUCUGUAAAACUCAAAAGUGUUUAACCUAACUUUCUUUUAAAAAAUCUUAGCUAGAUAAUUGGCCCACUGUUUUGGCAAAUUUCCCCUUUUUUGCCUGCGGCGACGUCCCGUGAAAAUCGACAUUUAAUAUUCUCAUCAAUAUCUUCCUUCUUAACGUAAAAUAGCCAAAUAAAAACGGCAAAAGGGCAAAAAAGACAAUUUAGAAAAAAUAAAGAGAAUUUGAAAAAGUAUAGGGGGAAAAGUAGCGCAAAAGUUUUUUACUUCCUCAUUUCUCCUUGAAGAAGUAAUAAAUGUUUUCUGUACUUUUAUUGCAUUUUUUCUUAAGAUAUGUUUGUUUAUUUCUAAUAACCUUAAAAAGAUAUACCCUAAGGGGCUGGAAAAUUGUAGCUAAUUAGGGCUUACCUCAAUUUACCCCAACUCUAUAUCUAAUAAUGAGGUCUUCCUUAAUUGAUAAGAAGCUGAGACUCGUACAUUAUAAUGUAUGUUAAAUUGAAGGUUUUCUCUCUCAGAUAUUGAAGGUUUCUCUUUCUCUCCCAUUAGCCGACCAAAUCUAAAACCUAUUUUGAAUUGAGAUUAUUUAUGUACAUACAUAUAAUAUUGGGUUUAUCUUGUAAUGAGUAAGGUUGUCGGCUAGUUGAAAAUCUUCGGAUAUCCGAAUCCGAUAUCCGACCCGAAAAGUUCCAGAUAUCCGGUCUUUUUCGGAUCCGGAUAGCCGGAUCCAACAACCUUAAUCCACAUAUAUCUUGUUUAUCAUAUUAUUUCCUUCUUUCUUUUUCAAUUUAUCGCUACCUAAAUUUCUACAUUUCAAAUAAAAAAAAAUAAUUUUAAUAUUUACAUAAUAUUCC